GUUGCACCGCGCAUACAAUACAACUUGCGUUGGGAGAUGGAUUUGAUGAUACUAAAGUUAGUAACUUAAUAAGUAAAGCAAAAACAUUAAAUAGUUAUGUCAGUGGUAAAGAUAAAUACCGUGAAAGCCUUCAUGAAUUACAAGCUGAAUUAAAUCCGCAACACCAAGUUAAUCCUCUUUCAAGUGAUACAAGAACUCGUUGGAGUUCAACUUAUAAUCUUUUAAAAAAUCUUUUUCUUCUUCGUAAUGCUAUUAUAAGAUUGGCCAAUAACUUAAAACAAAAUAUUAAUAGACAAGAACAACAAGAUGGGACAAAACUUUCAGAUCUUCUCCUAUCAACAGAAGAAUGGAGAAGCCAAUAUCCCAUUUUGGGAAUGAUGAUUCCUACUCUUAUUAAGCUCUCACGUCAUUUAAGAGAAUUUUAUUCCACUAUCGCUUCACAAACAGUAAGAACCUGCUGCAGUACAAUCAACCAAUCGAUGCUGUCAAGGUGGUCUGAACCAUCAUCUCAUAGUCUAAUAGCUGCCUUUUUGGAUCCGAGAUUCAAACAAAUAAAUUAUGUAACAGCUAGUAAAAAAAGAGAAACCAUUGCUCACCUUUGUUCUUUAUUUAAUAUACAAGAAAGUUCUACUUUUAUUUCAGAUUCCCAACCUUUAAACACUAACUCAUCAUCUUUUUUUUCUUCUUUUUAUGAUGAUGAUUAUAUUAUUCAAAAUGAAACUGAAAAUGUGUCAUUAAUUGAAAAAGAA